AUGCCGGUGCAGCUGCUUCCCGCAUCUGCUGCUGCAUUCGCACCUCGUGGAGCGCCGGAAAUCGUUCUCAACACCAAGGUUGAGCCUUGGUUGACCCAAACGUUGAAACGCAUCAACCGAGUCAAGCGCCCAUUGAACAGCGUACCACAACACUUCCGCUGUCUGACCGAAACCCUUGGUGGUCCGGCCGCGAUAUGGACGCUGGCGUCGCUUAUGCUGCCAAAAGCGCCCGACGCCGAGCUGCGCAAGGACUCGGAUCCACUCGUAGAGGCUCUCUUCAACCACCAGCUCCUUCAUAUUGAAGCAUACGUUGUCCACGUCGACAUGGUCUCGCAACACGAGGUCGCAUUUAAGCUGACUGUGGAGACAAUUGAGUCGUUGAUCGAGUACCACAAGGACAUUUACUCCAUCGACGCCUCUGCGAGUACCUGGAGCUGGCCCGAGAAGGACGCGCAAGUCAAAAAGAUGCAAGAGGAAUUCGUGCAAGCCGCGAACAGAUUCGUCUUUCGUACCGGUGCCCGAGCGUUGGAGGGAUUGGAGGAGGACGGUGCUGGAGAGCUGCUCGACGGUCGCUCAGAAGACGUCAAGAAUGCAGUCAUGAACAUGUUCCUCCCACUGUUGCCACCGCCACCGCGCAUCGUCGACGUUAUUCAUCCGGCACCAAUCCUCCCAAAUCUAUCGGCUCCUGGCCACUGGUGGGCCGCCAGCCCGCAGCAGAUGGCGCCAGCGCAUCCACAGCACGUGGACUCGUGGAGAGUGCUCCCGUCGACGCCUUCGCCCACUGCAACGACUUGUAGCGACAAUCAAUCAGCUUCGUACUGGCAGGACAUGCAAGACAUGCAGUACAGUGCAGCGCAGCUGCCGUCUCCCACGCCCUCGUUCAGCCAACCGAUGGCGUUUACGACCGCACCGUCGCAUUUCUACAGCUCACCGCAGUGCAUUGCUCCGCUACCUGCGAUGAUAAUGCCCCACAACAUGUCCAAUCAUUGCGGAUACGACAUGGCAAUGGGCGGCUACAACGACUUUGGAUGGAGCCAGAACAGUUUUGCGCCACAAUACGCCGCCAUGGUAUGA